UUGCAGCUAUCAGCAUAGCCAUCUUUGUCUCGGCAUAUGUUACACCCUCGGGUCUCCAUUCAGCAAGGUGGCCCAUAAUCAUACUUGCCAACCCUCCCAGCCCAGGAUUAUGGGCCACAACACUGGGCUGAGACCGGUGCCGCGUUGCCGCCGCUUUGUGCUUCGCUGUCCGUUCAUGAAUGAGUAUGUCCAUUCGCCCACCGUGUUCAAUGGAGAAGUCUGAUCUACAAAAUGUGCAGGUAGCAUACCCCUUCCCCUUCGAGCUGUCCUGGAUGAACUGAAAUAUUUGUUUCCAAACAUUUUGGAACUUGCAAGCGUACUUCUUCUUCUUACUCGGCGUCGGCGUCGUCAUGACUGUAUCUUCUUCGUUCUUCUGCUUCGUCUCCUCCAUGUUGUGUGUGCAGUUGGCCACUCUCCAUUAGCCGUAGAUGUUGAACGUGACUGGGUCGGCACGUUGUUUCUAUGGCGGAAAUGCGGACGUGACGACAGGCUGUCCUCACUCAGGUCCGCAUGGACCUGGAUGGGGCGUGCCUUAAUCGGGAGAUUUUUUUGGGAGAGGCACUGAAAAUUCGGGAGGGUUGGCAAGUAUGAUUGUAGAGUAGUAGUUCAAGCAUACACCCAGCAGGCUUUGAGUGAUAAACCACGUGACUUUGUGUUACGCCGCCAUCUUGCCGGUCAACUCGUUCCUACGUGUUCGUACAGAUUCAGUUUGAUUUCUGCGCUACAUUUUCACCGAUUUCAUCCGAAUUAUGGCUGAUUUGCUAUCCAAUGAUGUUGUACAUUUGGAUGAAGAGUCCAAGAAACAUUACCGAGAGAAGUUGAACCUUGUUGGCACAACGGAUCCGUACCUUUUACCGAGAAGCAUGCUAAAAUCACCUGAGCAUAUCCAGACAUUUAUAAUUACCUCGUCGAUUCACCAUCUCCGUACACUGGAAAGGACCUUAAGGCAUACAAGAGUCUGGAUGCCUACAAGUAAUUUACAGCAGGUUUUGUGCAUGAUGGGCUGAUAUGGCAGAUUCCAAACAAGAAUCGAUUUCUUCUCAUGACCAAGGUAAAACACUCUCAACGGAUGAAUGAUCCUCCCCUCAGACCUUGGGUAGCAAUAGCGAAAGAUGGUCAGAUCAUGUGCUGCCACUGUACUGCAUGCAUGGCUGGAUUGGGUGAAACAUGUUCACAUUCAGCAGCAUCCCUGUUCGCCCUGGAGACAUUAAUACGUAUGAAGACAGCCACUCCAUGCACAUCACUACCUUGUCAGUGGCUGAAACCAUCAGCAUCGCACAUAGAAUAUGCUGAAGGAUGCAAUAUCGAUUUUGCCCGUCCAGCCCAGAAACGAAAGUCAGAAGUUUCAACUCCUGAGGAAAGUGCUGCGAGAAAACUGCUGAAUGAGUGAAGCGAAAGCUUCCUGUACCUCUCUCACAGCUGUACGAUUCUGGCAAUAUGAAACUCAGCCCAGAUGAACUUGCACUGAAAUGCCGGUCAGAGCUGGAAAAGUUACAUUCCAUUACCAGAAAGCAGAUAUCUGCAGUUGAAGAAGAGUCCAGGGGCCAAGCAACAUCAACAACUUGGUUUCAACAAAGAGCUGGGCGAAUUACGGCCUCGAAUUUUAAGGCAACGACCAGGACCAAUGUCUCAAAGCCAUCCAAGUCAUUGAUCAAGAGAAUCUGCUAUCCUGAACUGUGUAGAUUUUCAACAGCCGCAACUAGAUGGGGUUGCGAUCACGAGUCGGACGCAAGGAAGCGGUACGAAAUGAUAAUGAGCCAGCGGCACACUGGCCUAAACGUUGACGAAACCGGAUUCCACAUGUCUGCCGACCGUCCAUAUUUCGGCGCAUCACCGGAUGGGCUACUCUCGUGUGACUGCUGUGGCAAAGGGUGCCUCGAAAUUAAGUAUCCCUUCUGCAUCAAAGAUAAAGGAGUGGAAGAGGUUGCUGGUGAGUCCAAGGCGGUCUGUUUGGAGCAGAAAUCGAACGGCAAUUGCGUGCUACGUGAAGACCACCAGUAUUAUUACCAAGUACAAUCACAACUGUGUUGUACUGGCAGGAAGUACUGUGACUUUGUCGUAUGGAAGGAGAAUCUACUCUUUAUUCAGCGCAUCAUUCCUGAUGAUUCCUUCCUGGCAAACGAACUGGCCAAGAUGGACAAUUUCUAUCUCCGUUGUAUUAUGCCAGAGCUAUUAGCUAAAGUGUAUACGGUAGAACAAUCUGUUGCUACCACUGCAUCCGCUUCGGAAGAGUUUGUUUGCUACUGCCGUAACCCUCCCACUGAGGAUAUGUUGGUUUGUAAAUCAGAGAACUGCAGCAUCAAAGCAUUCCACAUGAAAUGUCUUGGCAUAAAACGAGUCCCACAACGAUGGUUUUGCCCUAACUGUAAGAAGUUGGAAGUAAAACAGAAAAAGUUGUUUCUGUAAGAUUCUUUCCUGGUAUUUAUUACAGAACAAAUAUGGAUGCAACAUCAUUACUCAAAUGGUACAAUUGGGUCGGAUACAUUUGUAAGUGCGCAUGACACUUGUACAAUUUUAUCUAAUGUUGUGA